UCGUGGAAGAGAGAGGAUCGAAUCGCGUAACGUAACUAACGGUAUUAGCGAUGCUGUCAUAAUAGAACAUGAUUGCGUUAACGUGACUCGGCUCAUCCACUAAUUAUCGAUCAGGUAAGUCGAAUUAAUCGCUAUUUAUUACGUGUUAGCAUCGUGAUAAUUAUAUAGUGAUAUUUCGCUGUUAGAGAUUCUUAUCCGACUGUACUUAGAGAUUAAAGAUUAGUGACAUUAAACGGCAACUGCACACUCACGUUUGACGCAAAUUUUUUCGAACGACUACUUGCUUGAAUGCUGUGCUGCUGGAGAACAUGCAAAUGCUCAAUGAAAUUCAGAAUACAAAUAGCGUGUCGCGCAUAGCAAUAUAUUUGCGUCAAUGUAUCUGAGUGUGCAAACGUCGCUUUGAAGCGAAUUUAAAGAGUAGUUAAGAAAGUAACACGAGUGGAGAGAAAUAAAGUUGACGUCGGACGAUCGAUUAACUGCUGUCGUAAAAAUAUAUUUGCAUUAUAUACAUUCUCUUCACCCCCAUUUAACUUGUUCGUUGCUAUAAAUACAAUAACGUUCCUAAUUUUCCAAUCAUGUUUUCCAGAGUGCAAGAGAAUGACUUUAUAUUAGACUCAAAUUGUAUAUAUAUAUAUGUAGAAUUUAGUGUACAACAUAGAAAUUAUUAAUUUAUUUCAUAAUAUAAACAAACAGGUGUUAAUAUUCUCGUCGCCGAUGGAUUAAGAAUUCUAUUCCAUGACAGAUAUGGCGUUAAAAGUUUUGAACGACUGCAAACACCAGUAUGCACAAAAUAAGUUAUUGAUAAUAUAAUAAUAUAGAUAUUUCUCUGUGUGCCCACUCGAAAAUCUUAUUAAUCCGCGAGCCAAAAGCUUCCUUUCGAAACAAUUCUUAACGCAAUCGACUGUAUUAGAAUUAUUUAUUAACAAAUUAUAUGAAUAGUCACGCGAGUUUUCUUAGGAAGAUACACUCUGCCAUAUAAAACGGAUGAGAACACGACCAGUAUAAAGUAGAGACAGAUUCGAGAACACAUUUAAUGUUCUUCUAACAAGAAGACUGAUAAUCCGUUGUUUUUAUUUUGCAAUUUUAUAUAAUAUACACACGGACAGCAUGUGUUUGUUUUACACAUGUAGAACUGAUAACAGAAUUAGCGAUUUUAUUGAACGAAUGUCUGAUCUGACAUAUCGAACUCUACCGAGCUAUUUGGUAAUAUAUCAGAUAUUUUGCAAAAACAAUUUUUUUUUUCACAGACUGCGAUAAGAUGUGUGAAAAGCGCCUUUGGUAAAUCGAUACCGCAUGCUGGGCAUUACAGCAAAACGGUGGAUUAAUAAUCCCGCAAAUUUGUAGAAACAAUUUUUCCGUACUUGAUUUGUCAAGCGAGUAGAUUGCGGCCCGAUUUGUGAGCGAAGAGAAGUAAGAGUGAACUGUGUGAAAUGUACACACGACUGGAGGGAUAUCUUGCUUCGACAUUGGUAUUUGUGACAUCGCCUUAGAAUCAAUAUAUAAGUAAAUGUAGUUACAAAAGUGUAGACUCGCGAUGUUGCAGCAUAAAUGUUAAUCUACACCUUUCUAUGCGGAUCAAUUGUCAUUUCGUCGUUUGCAUAAUCGUGCGACAGCAUUCUCGCAGAAGAAUAGAAGGAUCGAAAAGGAAUUGACAGGGAAUUUAUUCUGCAGAAUUAUCCUGAAGACUUCCUUCGUCCUAUCUAUUUUUCGUCGGGAUUGGAUUUGGGUUUGCAAAACUAAUUGUCUCUCCAUUUAAGGUUUGGCAAAUCUCGCAGCGUAUGUAUAGAAUUAAGUUUGAAUUGCAUAGUAGACCUGAUGUAGCGCGUAUCACCGAUAAAUUUAAUAAGAAAACCGUGACGAAUUAUUGGAAAUGUGGAAAGAGGAUUAUGUGCUCGAUAGAUGUUCUACUAUUUUUAUAUGGUUAUUUUAGGAAACACGUUGAUUGUUUGUAACUUUUAAUUGCGCGCCCGCGAGAGUACGGUCGUCUAAAUCACUGAACAUUAUAACAUACUGGGACGAGCCUUUCCUAUACUAGCCUAUGAAGAGCUAUGGCCUCGAAUUCGAAAGAUUUAUAGCAGUGGAUGGAUUUCUGUCUUUUUUUAUAUCGAAUAAAAAAAUAUCUGAUAAAAAGAAACUGAGAAAUUAGCCAUCAUCUAUUUAUUUUUUGUAAUUGGAGACAUUAUUGAAGGCCAGCAUACAAGCCAGUUGCAAAGUUCAGUGGUUUAAAUAGUAUACCUGAUCCAUCGAACUUCCAUGUACAAUGAACGUUUCAGUCGCGUUUUAUCGGACCGGCGGGAAUCUUCUCUGACGAAUGGUACAAUUAUACCUAGUGUUGUAUAACUGCAGUCGGCGAAAAUAAAGAUAACUCUUGAGCAUGUAUGCCAGUAUAAAGAUGAUCGCGAAGGAUAUGACCAAAGCAGUUCAGCGCGAGCUGUGGUCGCAUAAUCAACGCAGCUUUAUCCUAUCAGUCUUGCCUCAUCGUAAUUUAGCAUCUGGCUCUGGCAAAAUUACGACGAAGAGUUCGAACUUGAAACAUUCCUUGACACGUAAGUUUUCGGUGCAAUCUUGCGAGAUGGUAAAAGCAAGGAAAUACGUGCUGAUGAAGCAUUUCACGGACAAGCCGAAACGGACGGACUUAAAAUUGGUAGAGGAAGAAUUGCCUGCUUUGAAGAAUGGAGAAUAUCUCGCGGAAGCUGAGUACCUUUCCGUGGACCCGUAUAUGAGAGUAUACACGCAAAGGUAUCCAGUAGGAACGACGAUGAUCGGUGCUCAGGUCGCUAAGAUCAUCGAAUCCAAGCAUCCAGACUACCCAGUUGGCAAGAGAAUUGUUGGAUAUUUGGGCUGGAGAACUCACACGAUUGUCAAUCCCAAGAUCGACGAAAGCGACAAAGUGAUGGUGCAAUCACCGUAUAUUUUGCCGGACAUAGGCGAUCUACCGUCGUCUCUCGGCUUAGGCGUCUUAGGAAUGCCAGGCAAUGCUGCCUACUUUGGUUUGAUAGAGAUAUGCCAGCCAAAGUCCGGCGAAACGAUUGUUAUCAGCGGUGCAGCCGGCGCGGUCGGUUCUCACGUAGGACAAAUUGCUAAGAAUCUGGGUCUGACUGUCAUCGGCUUAUGCGGUUCCGAUGAUAAAUCCAAAUGGCUUACCGAGGAAUUGGGUUUCGACGCCGUUAUCAAUUAUAAAACCACGUCAGUCGCGGCUAGUCUACGCAAAGUCGCUCCGCAGGGCGUCGAUUGCUAUUUCGACAAUGUCGGUGGAGAUAUUUCGAGCACGGUUAUUUACCAGAUGAAGCCAUUCGGCCGGAUAUCCGCGUGUGGCAGCAUCUCCUCGUACGAAUCUAAUGCUUCGUCCUUGCCAAAGUGCACGCUUCUGCAACCUGCGAUAGUGUUUAAUCAAUUAAAAAUGGAAGGUUUCAUCGUUACACGCUGGCAUAAUCGUUGGUUCGAAGGAAUUCAACAGAACUUACAGUGGAUCCGCGAAGGUAAGCUCUGUUAUCACGAGACUGUAACCAAGGGCUUCGAUAACAUGUUCGAUGCGUUCGUCGGCAUGCUGCAAGGUCAGAACGUCGGCAAGGCAAUCGUCAAGGUGUAAAAUCAUGGUUGUACAUGUAGCUAGACUUGCUACGAAUACUUGCACCUUUGUAAUUACAUGAUAAGAUUUCUGUAUUUUUGAUAUAAAAAUUUAUCAUCUUUACAUUUUAUUUUCUACGAUAUUUUAAAAAUAUUUUUGAUACGUUAUAUACUCUAAUCUUAUUAUAAGCAUUUAAAUGACAUUUAAAAGUAAAUAAUGUAUUAGAAUUUGUGAAAUAUAUGCAUUAUGCUCGGCAUAAAACUUUAAAUAGAGAGGAAGUUAAAACAUUGAAUGAAAGAUAUCCAAUAUUGAGUUACGUAAUGAAUUUUGUAAAAUCAUGUUUUCUAUAGUUUUUUUAUUACACAUUAGAAGUUUGAGCAAGUUACUAUAAAACACUUUAUGAAGUCAUUAAAGUGUAUAUAUUGCAAAAUAAAAGAGAAGAGUCUUUUCUGCAAUUGACACAGGUCAUAAAAGAUCUUUAUUGUAAAUCUUCUACUAAAAAGAGAGUUUAAGUUUCAAGCUCAUCUUUUUUACUUAAUACAUGGAGAAUUUCCCAAAGAGAUUUUUGGGGAAGAUUAUACGCACCCAUUCAAAAAUUCAGAGCUGAUAUUGUAAGCUGAUAUCGUGUGUAAAAAAAAAAGACCAGAAUAAUUUUUGAGUUAAAACUGCAUACUUACUAAUGAAGGUUCAGCAUCUGCUUUCAGUCAAAUAUUAGAAAGGAAAUAUUAUAUUGUAUUUGAAAAGGAAAAUUUAGUUAAGAUAGUUUUAAUUAGAGUACAUAUGGAUGAACAUAAAAUUACCAUUUCAUAUUUAAUUAAUAAUUUUGAUAAAGAAAUCAUAAAAACUGUAUCUGUUAUCUGUAUCAUGUAGUAUCUUUUGUGUUGUAAUAACCAUGAAUGAAUAAAUUAAAGUUAAAAAUA